AUGAUAAAAUAACUAUUUAAACUGAGAGUAUUUACAUUUUGCUAAGAGGCUAACUUUGGUUUUAAAAAGGUUAAACUUGAAGAAAAAUAAGAACAUGUAAAUUAAGUCUUUCACAAUGUUGCAAAUAAGUACUAGUUUUAUUUAAAAAAAAAGUUACGAUUUGAUGAAUGAUUUAAUGAGUGUUGGGCUUCAUAGAUGUUGGAAAAAUUCUUUUGUUGAAGAAUUGGGAUCAUUAAAAAAUGGAGACUAAUAAAUUAGAGUAUUAGAUGUUGCAGGUGGAACUGGUGACAUAGCCUUUCGAAUACUUGAAAAACAUAAAGGAAAUAAUUUAUUCAAUGAAAAUCUUAAAAUAACAGUUUUAGAUAUAAAUUAAUCAAUGUUAGAUGUAGGAUAAAAAAGAGCAAAUGAAUUAGGAUACUAAAAUUGUAAUUUUAAUAAAUAAAAAAAAAUUUAGAAAUUGAUUUUGUAUGUGCAAAUGCAGAAGAAUUACCAUUUGAAAAUAAUACUUUUGAUGCUUAUACAAUAGCUUUUGGAAUUAGAAAUGUUCCAAGAAUUCCAAAAGCUAUUGGAGAAGCCCAUAGAGUAUUGAAAUAAGGUGGAAAAUUCUAAUGUUUGGAAUUUAGUAAAGUUCAGAAUCCUGUUUUAUCUUUUUUCAAUUAAUUUUAUUAAUUCAAUUUUAUUCCUACUAUGGGAUAAUUUGUUGCUAAUGAUAGGCAUUCCUAUUAAUAUUUAGUAGAAAGCAUUGAAAAAUUCCAUAGUCAACAAGAUUUAUUAAAAAUGGUUGAGGAAACAGGUUUUAAAUAUGCAGGAUUUAAAAACUAUAUGGAUGGAGUUGUGGCUGUACAUUUUGGAUUUAAAUUAUGA